AUUUAGGCCUGUCUGUUAAACCCUCGAAAGUAUUCUGCACUUGUGCAAGCCAAUUAAGUUAACGAUCAUCCACAUUUGACACGAUGCAUCAGCUGAGAGGACUAUGCCAUGGCCGAAUUCCCAAAGGGGCGGCGCAUAUGGCAGUUGUGAGGCAUCAUCACAGUAGAUUUCGUCUCGCACCGCAACAAUUGUCUGCAUCAGUUGGUUGUGAGGACGCUACUCGCUUUUCAGCUAGGUCAUCUCUCACCGCUGAUCAACAAACGUCAGCCUUAACGAACGGAAAUUCCGCAUCGCCGUCAACACCUUCUGUCUUCUCUUUCGGAAACUUGAAUGUCGAGGAGGCAUAUGACCUUGAGCGCAAUGACUGGGAUGCAACGUCGCUCAGCGUGGUUGUGGUCGGCGCAUCCGGCGACCUCGCCAAGAAGAAAAUCUUCCCUGCCCUAUUCGCUUUGUAUUACGAGGGACUGCUGCCACCGGAGUUUCAUGUGUAUGGGUUUGCUCGGAGCAAAAUGACCGAUGCGGAAUUUCGGGACGUCAUUGCCUCAACCCUCAGCUGCCGAGUUUCAGCUAGGGAGAAGUGUCAGGAGAAGCAAGAAGACUUCCUGCGUCGCUGCUUCUACAGCGCGGGCCAGUACGACAACGCGGACUCGUUUCGGGAGCUGAACCGGCGCAUGAGCGAGGUUGAGGCGUCCUGCGGCAAGCAGCGAGCCAACCGCAUGUUUUUUCUGUCCAUUCCACCCAACGUGUUUAUCGCGGCUGCGGGCGGUGCGGCGGACUACUGCUCCACCAGAACCGGCUGGACGCGGGUGAUUGUGGAGAAGCCAUUUGGCCGGGACAGCGCCAGUAGUGCCGCGUUGGGAAGGGGGCUGGCGGCUCAUCUUCGCGAGGACCAGAUCUACCGCAUCGACCACUACCUGGGCAAGGAGCUCAUAGAGAACCUCACGGUACUCCGCUUCAGCAACCUGGUGUUCGAGCCGCUGUGGUCACGGCAGUACAUUCGAAAUGUGCAGAUUGUGUUCAGCGAGAACUUUGGCACGGAGGGGCGUGGUGGCUACUUUGACCAGUACGGCAUCAUGCGUGACGUCAUCCAAAACCACCUGCUACAGAUUCUGGCGCUAUUCGCCAUGGAGCCACCGGUAAGUCUGGCCGCGGAGGACAUCCGCAACGAGAAGGUCAAGGUGCUUCGCUCCAUGCGGCCGGUACAGCUAGAUGACACGGUGCUGGGGCAGUACCGAUCGCGGCAACACGGGGGCCGUACACUGCCCGGCUACCUAGAUGACAAGACGGUGCCGCCGGGCAGCCUCACUCCCACCUUCGCCGCCUGCGCCAUGUUCAUCAACAACGCGCGGUGGGACGGCGUGCCCUUCCUGCUCAAGGCCGGCAAGGCGCUACACACGCGGCGAGCGGAGAUCCGCGUGCAGUUCAGGCACGUACCCGGCAACUUGUACAAGCACAAGUUUGGUCCCGAUCUUGACAGCGCCACCAACGAGUUGGUCAUCCGCAUCCAGCCCAAGGAGGCCAUCUACCUCAAGGUCAACAACAAGGUGCCUGGCCUGGGUCUGCGGCUGGAUACCACCCGUCUGGACUUGCAGUACCAGAGCGCCUUCAGUCAGAAGGAGUUACCGGAUGCGUACGAGCGGCUUUUGCUUGACGUUGUCAACGGCGACAAGCGGUUGUUCAUCCGGUACGAUGAGCUCGAGGCCGCCUGGGAGUUGUUCACACCGCUGUUGCAUGAGAUUGAGAGCCGAAAGGUUGCACCGGAGCUAUAUCCGUACGGCAGCCGUGGGCCGGUCGGCGCGCACUACCUCGCCGCCAAGUAUAACGUCAGAUGGGGCGACCUGGCGAAUGAUGAGCCGGACGAGUAAUGCAUGGGCCUGGUCUUCUGACUCAGACAAAAGAAGCUUGGCGAGGUGGUUGAUCUGGUCCUUGCCAUACGGGUCCCUGCGGUUUGGAGGCGUUAAGUGUGGUGGUGCAGUCGUGGUGGGAAAAAUGGAUAAAGGCGUAGGACAAGGAUGGGUACUGGAUAUUUGGCCGUUGAUUUAUUUGGCCGUGUAUUACUAUGCCCGUUCUUCUGUGUGUUAAAAAGCAGGCAUCUGCAUUUGUGAUUACGGCUAAGUGGUUUCAUGGCGUAACGCUGGGCAUGCAUUAGGGAAAGUAGCGUAUAUCUGACAAGAGUGCGUGUUUCGUGUGUUGUUCUGAUCGAUAGGUUUGGUUAUGCAGCCCUUUGCGUCAUCUGACAAAAGCCUCGUAUACGCACGAGGGCACCGACAUGUGUGAAGGCGGUGUGCGGGGCCGGAGUGUGUAUUAUUCCUUUUUUAACCGCGCGGUGUUGAAUGGUGCCAAUUAGCAAACUAGUAUUCAGUAACAUGGCUGAUGGCUCGUAUUCUUUAGUACCACUCCGCAUUUAUAGCCCCGGCUGUCGCAGCUGUGCCAUGUAUUUGACGUGGCUCAAUGCCACGGAAAUGGCAGAUGUCCGGAUCGCAAGCGUACGAUUACGCAUUAUCCGGUCGGGUUGAUCGCGGAUAUAUUUUUUUGCGCAUAAACGCUAUUUCUCUAAACACAUGCUUUAACAUCGCAGUGACUGGUACAGUUGUCACUUCCUGUCUAAGACAGGUAGUUGUCACUGGAAAAUAACACAGUAUAACUCAAUGUAAUCAUUCCAAACUCC